AUGCAAGGUUCAAUAAAGAGAAUACAUUCCAAAUCAGCCUUGAGAAUUCUGCCUAGUCUCUGGGUACGCUCUGUUGAUACUCCGCUAGCUCGCAAGAAUACGCAAUUGUUUGUUCGUGAGUAUCCUUCGAGUCUCGAUCGAACUUUCUGUAGGCAAUUCAAAAGGGACUCUUCGAGAAUCGCUGUUAUAGCGAUUGUUUGUUACACUCGUUCAAGGGACCUUCGUGUAGCAACGUUGUAUAGCAGCAGCAUAGAUAUGAUCUGCCAAGCAGUAUAG